GUCCGAACCAAUGAAAAGAGCGGGAAAGGGCGGUUGGUUCUGUUUUGGUGCCUUUGCUGUCUCUUCCCCUCGUUACCAGGGGGCUGAAAAGCUGCAUCUCUCAGUCUCCAAGCUCUCUUGAGAUAUUUCCCCCCUCCAUGUCUGCUCUAUCUAAUUAGGAGUCUAAUGAUUCAGCGUUAAUGAUUACUUCUCUGUCAAAUGCCUUUCAUGAGCACCAGACAAACAAAGAGAAAGUGGGAAGAAAGAAUGAAAGACAUUGAAGAGCUAGCAUCUCAGUAUCAAAAAAAACCACUAUGCUCACCUUACAGACCACUGUUGUCCAAACCUUGGCAACCAUCCUCUGUUUGGAAGCUGUUUCAUCGUCAAAUCCAAGCAUUUAACUUUGCCAAGAAUUGUAAAGAGGAUGUCCAUGUAUUUGCAUUGGAAAAGAAUGCUGAAAACAAGCAGAGGUUUUACCUUGUGACAACUUACACAGAACUUUGGUUUUAUUACAACAAACAUUAUGAAACAAAUCUCAUGCAUUGCUAUGAAGUUAUUCCAGAAAAUGCUGUUUGCAAAUUGUACUUUGAUUUGGAAUUUUACAUACCAACGAAUCCAGGAGCUGAUGGACAGCAGAUGGUUGCAGUCUUGAUAGAGUUCAUUUGUAAAAAAUUAGAACAACACUAUGGAGUGAAAUGUUCAGCUGAAGAUGUUUUGAAUUUGGAUUCUAGCACUGAAGAAAAGUUUAGUCGCCACUUAAUAUUUCAACUCCACAACUCUGUUUUUAAAAAUAAUAUUGAUAUAGGUAAUUUUUUAAGGGCAAGUUUUCAACCUGCUGUUCUUUUAACUAAGAAUAAAGAUCCUUUGGUUCCAGAGGAAGAGGUGGUCUCUAAUGUCUCUCAGAGUUAUGAAGCAGUUGGUUAUUUGCCUAGUUGUCUUGAAAACCAGACGGUAACCAAGGGCUUGUCACAGAGCUGGCAGCUGAAUUCACACAGAACACAGGAGAAAGAGAUAUCUCAACAGACAGAAAAUCCAGAUCUUUCUUUUCUUAUAGUGAAUGGAAAACAUGGAGAAAAGCAACUAUUUGUGGAUCUUGGUGUUUAUACAAAGAACAGAAACUUUCGACUGUACAAAUCAUCAAAAGCAGGAAAAGGUGUCAUUUUAGACAUUGCUAAAGAUAACAAGUUUGUUCCUGAAUCUGUAGAGAAUACUUCCAUGGAAGAGCAGUAUUUCCUUUCCUCUUUGGUCUGUAAUGUGAGAUUUUCAAGUUGUUUAAAAAUGUUGUCCUGUGAUAAUCCAGAAAAGACAAAAACAGAGUCUGUUUGUUUAGGUGGCAGCCUUUCCAGUAGCAGCACAGUCCCCAUUGGAGGAUACCAGAGUUCGCCCUAUCCAGAAAUUGAUAACUUCGUUGUGUCUUUAGUCAAUAAAGAUAACAUUCAAGGAGGGAUACGACAAUGGAAUUAUUUUUCUCUUGAAGAGCUUCUUGUGUAUGACAUCUCCAAGUAUCGCUGGUGUAGAAAUAUUGGCAGAGCGCACAGAAGUAACAAUAUAAUGAUUGUAGUAGAUCUGAAAAGGGAGAUCUGGUAUCAAAAAUGUCAUGAUCCUGUUUGCAGAGCAGAAAACUUCAAGUCAGAAUGUUUUCCAUUACCAUCUACAAUAUGCCUCCCAUUCCUUUUUAAAGAGGAUGAAAACUAUUUAUAUAUAAUGGACAGAAAUGGGAACAUAGAAGAAAAGGCCAACAUUCAUAAUUCUACAGGUUUGCCAUUAACAACAAAAUAUGAAAAUAUAGGACAAAACCAAAGAACUUCAAGUGCUGGGCUGGAUGAUGAGCUUGAUGACAUAUGUUUUUUGGAAGCUUCAGAAGAUGUGGAACUAGCUGAUGCUGUUACUGAUUUACAUCCUCAGAAGAGCUGCGUCAUUGAUGAGAUACCAGAUGAACUCCUAAUAGAUGCUUUAAGAAAACAUGAAGUUGAUGACGUUCAGGUGUAGGUGGGCAAAUAAUUAACUUGGUGUUGACAUGGCACUGUAACAGCACAUAUUUUACAAUUCAUUUAGAUCAAAAUACCUGUAUCAUUCAUAGAAUAGGGACUUUGCUGACACAGAAUGGGGACUGCAGCAUUAACUGCUUAAUAGAAGAGAAAAAGAUUUCCUUCAUUUCAGGGUGGGUUUCCCUCUCCUUCCUCCCUAUUACCAUUGUCAGACCAAAAAAGAACAUAUUGGUUUGAUGUAACCUGCACUAUCCCUGUACUCUUGAUGACAGUAAAAUGAAUUCUCAUAA